AUGUUAAUGGCAAAACAUAUCGAUAUAAUCCAAAAGCUUAAUGUCUAUCCAAGAUUUCAAAACCAAGAUCAGAAGAAACUAAUCACCCUCUCCAACUUGGACCGUCAAUGUCCUUUACUCAUGUACAUGGUUUUCUUCUACAAGAAAACCACAAUUCGUGACUUUGAUUUGGUCUUCUCCGACUUGAAACUCGGGCUGGAGGAGACUCUGUCUAUGUGGUAUCCGGCCGCCGGGAGGUUGGUUAUGGACGGAGGUGGCUGCAAGCUUAACCUCCGGUGUAAUGGUGGCGGCGCAGUCAUGGUGGAGGCGGUGGCAACAGGUGUCAAGUUGUCGGAGCUUGGUGACUUGACUCAUUACAAUGAGUUCUAUGAGACUUUGGUUUAUAAGCCUUCCUUUGAUGGUGAUUUCUCUGUGAUGCCUCUUGUUGUUGCUCAGGUGACAAGAUUUGCAUGUGGAGGCUACUCAAUUGGAAUCGGUACAAGCCAUUCAUUAUUUGAUGGAAUCUCAGCUUACGAAUUUAUUCAUGCGUGGGCUUUUAACUCUCAAAUUCACGUUAAAUCCAAUGGUAAAAUUACCAAUAAAAACGAUUAUUUGGCCAUCAAACCGGUUCAUGAUCGAGAAAAUCUACUGUUUAACCGGGACGCUAUCCGGGUAACCAAGGCUGCAGCCAUUUACCAUCUGUACCAGCUGAUCAGACAGGCGAUGAUGACAUCCCAUCAGGGGCAAAAUGGUAAUUUUGAGUUAUCAGACUCUCCUUUCGUGAUCAAAACCUUUGAGCUUAAUGGUGAAACUAUAGAAAACAUGAAGAAGAGAUCACCGGAAGGGUUCUCGUGCUCCUCCUUUGAGUUUCUUGCUGCUCAUUUGUGGAAGGCAAGAACAAGGGCUUUAGGGUUGAGAGAAGACGCGAUGGUCUGUCUACAAUUCGCGGUGGACAUCAGGAAGAGGACAGAGCCACCGCUACCAGAAGGAUAUUCCGGCAACGCCUACGUGCUUGCCUCGGUGGCGUCCACUGCCAGGGAAUUACUCGAAGACCUAACUCUCGAGUCAAUAGUCAACAAGAUUAGAGAAGCCAAGAAAUCAAUUGAUCAAGACUACAUCAACGCUUAUAUGGAGGCACUUGGAGGUGGUGAUCAAAGAAAUGAUGGAAAUCUCCCUCCUCUCAAAGAGCUAACCCUAAUCUCCGACUGGACAAAAAUGUCAUUUCACAGUAUUGGUUUUGGUAACGGCGGCGAACCGGCGGAUUGCGUGGCACCAUUGUGUCCUCCGGUGCCACAAAUUGCUUAUUUCAUGAAGAACCCUAAAGAUGCUAAAGGAGUUAUUGUGAGGAUUGGUUUGGACCCACGAGAUGUGGAUGAUUUUUCAAAUAAUUUCCUUGGUUACUAG